GUUGUGUAUAACAAAGGUACCUCUGUCUCUAGAUAGGCCUUAGACUAUAUCAUGGUGCUUUCAAGUAUUCUUUCUGAUGUAGCCAUACCAGAAGACCUAUCAUUAUCAGAUUUUAUAUUCAACAAACUGGAUGAAUAUGGUACCAGAGUUGCAUUGGUUGAUGGGCCAUCAGGGAGAAGCUACAGAUAUUCUGAAAUAAAGACACUAUCUCGAUGUAUAGGAAGUGGACUAACUCAGCAUGGCUUUAGGCAGGGUGAUGUUGUCUGCAUAGUUAGUUCCAAUCUCCCAGAGUAUGUUCUAGCCCUGUAUGGAGUUGUGUGUAUAGGUGGGAAGGUGACUACAGCCAACCCCCUCUAUACUGAAGGUGAACUUAUCAAGCAGCUAGAGGACUGCAAGGCAUCCUUUAUAAUCACACAGUCGGCUGUAUUACCCAAAGUAACAGAUGUCGCCAUCAAAUGCAGUUCUGUAAAGAAAGUAUUUACAUUCGACAAAGCAACUGGGCAUACAUCCUUGGAUGAGCUGAUGAGAUACAAUGAAAAGGCUUGCCCUAAGACUGUUCAUGUGGACCCAAUAAAUGAUGAAGUGUUAAUUCCCUACUCUAGUGGAACUACAGGGUUACCCAAAGGUGUCAUGCUGACUCAUCACAAUUUGAUUUCAAAUACUCUAGUCAGACAGCACCCUGGUGUAUCAUACGCCCCAGUACCAGAUGACUGCACUAUUGCAGUGCUGCCCAUGUACCAUAUCUAUGGGAUAAUGGCUUACAUGAUCAAUGGGCUUUACAGAGGACAGAAGAUUGUUACAAUGCCAAGAUUCAAUUUGGAAAUGCUUUUGAGUUUAAUUGAAAAGCAUAAGUGCACAUAUUUAUCUAUCGUGCCUCCCAUUGCUGUGCUGAUGGCGAAACAUCCAAGUGUGUCCAAGUAUGACUUGUCCAGCCUGCGGCUUGUUGGUUGUGGGGCUGCUCCUUUACUGGAACACCUCAGUAAACAGCUUUCUAAACGCCUGAAUAUUCCACCAAUACGACAGGGUUAUGGUCUUACAGAAACAAGUCCAGCGACCCAUGGGUCACCUUACAGUGGCUGGAAAGAUGGAUCAAUUGGAAUACUUCUGCCAAACACACAGUGUAAGGUAGUAGAACCUGAAACAGAGAAAGAACUUGGUGUUAAUGAGGAUGGUGAGCUGUGGAUUAAAGGUCCACAAGUGAUGAAGGGAUAUUUGAACAAACCAGAGGAAACUGCAAAAGUCAUUGACAGAGAGGGUUUCUUUCACACAGGUGACAUUGGACAUUACGAUGAAGAAGGGCAUUUUUAUAUUGUUGAUCGUCUAAAGGAACUUAUCAAAUACAAGGGAUAUCAGGUAGCCCCUGCAGAACUGGAGAACCUUCUACUGUCCCACCCCAAAGUAGCAGAUGCUGCUGUAAUAGGUAUCCCAGAUGAGGCUGCUGGUGAAAUUCCCAAAGCGUUUGUUGUCAUCAAACCAAAUGAAACAGUUUCUGCAGAGAAUGUUCUAAACUUUAUUGAAAAGAAGGUGUCACCACAAAAGAGACUACGGGGAGGUGUACAGUUCAUAAAACAGAUUCCCAAAUCACCAAGUGGCAAAAUUUUACGACGUAUAUUGCGAUCAAAAUAUCUUGAAAUUCAAAAGAAAUCAAAACUUUAGCAGCAGACUUUUACAUUGUAUGAAAUAAACUAAUUGUAAUAAAUAUAGACUGAAAAACAUAUCUAGGUCACAUAAUGUUCACAUUUACUAUUAAUGUGAUGAUUCAUUCAGUAUUUCCGAAUUUUGCCCAUUAGCAAUGGUAUAAUUUUCCUAUUCUCAAUUUAACAUGUUUUAAAGUGUUUCCAUGCCCAUCUCCCUGACAUGAAAUGACUGGGUGAUACUCGUACUUGUUAUUUUCAUGAACUGUUACAUACCAAUUAUCUUUGUGGCACUGUCCAUUCAUAAUUAGCAAUUUUUGAGGAUAAAUGAUACCCUGCAUGCUUUAGAGUGGAUGUAAAUAUAAGCCCCAUAUUUUUAAAUAUUGAUAUGUCAAAACAUUACAAUUGUAUCUAUUAUUAUUGUAAAACAUUUCAUUCAAUCUGUUUAUUUGUAAUCCAUUUGUAUUCUUUACAAAAAGAGUCACAAUUUUAUACUUGUCCAACUAUACAAUUCAUAUACAUGUAUUUAUAAAAAAUAUAUUUCAAUCUACUGACUUAAAAUACU